AUGGCCGACAUAUUCAACUACACCUACCCCUCCCCCUUGGCGGGCUACGAAGAUGCCCCGCCUCUUCCCGAGGAGCGGGCCGAGGACGGCAAGAGUUACCGGAAUCCGCAGACGGGUGUGCUCAGCAGCGCGUACGAGAGGUUCCCCGACCCGCUGGACAACGGGCGGAGGGGAGGAUUCGACGUUCACGUCUAUUACUUCCAAAACAACCCGGAGCAGACCCAAUACGCCCGCCAGCUCUGGGAGCGCAUCCGCCGCGAGUUUCCCGAGCUGCGCAUCUACACCUUCUGGGACCGGCCCAUCGGCCCGCACCCGGUCGCCAUGUUUGAGGUGAACCUGCUCUCGCCCGCCCAGUUCGGCGCCUUCAUCCCCUGGCUGGCCAUCUGGCGCGGGCCCCUCUCCGUCCUCGUCCACCCCAACACCACCGAGGCCGACGGCGGCGCCGAGCUGCCCCUGGCCGAGCGCGAGCUGCGCAACCACACCCAGCGCGCCAUCUGGAUGGGCGAGCGCCUGCCCCUGGACGUCGCCCGGUUUCGGAACCUGGGGAAGCCGGGGCCGGCUGCCGGGGCCGGUGUUACUGAGGCUGCGGGAUCGGCGGCG